AGUCUUGGUAGUCUGAAAGGUUUUCGAGCGGACAAGGUGUCAAGAAAACACCCACUACUGAACAUGGUAUGACGUAAAAUGUAAAGACGUAAGCAGGAAUGAAGACAACAGCUACCACCUGACUAACAAGACCAGACAAGAAAUGACUAACAAACGGAUAUUAAAAGAAACAGGUGGGUGACUAGCAAUAUUGAAAGCAAAAGCAACUUUUUUAAUUAAAACUUUAUUUCUUAACUUUAUUAAAACAAAAAAUAAUUAAAAGUACAGAAGGAAAUUGGCAGGUAAUAACUCCCUUGUCAGGUGAAAGGGGAAAGAAUGUUACGGCUCCAGUUCUGUUUGCACUUAGACACUAGUUGGGUUUUUUUCUGUAAUUCCUGGUAUUUCUCAUUAUGUUUCAGCUCAGAAGCAUAAAUACCUGAGUAAUUCUCCGUAAUCAUACUUUCAGCGCAAAAGGGCACACCCUAAUGCUUUUAAUUCAUAAACUUAAUCAAAUAUAUAAUUUUUAACGUUUGAAUAGAGAUGUUUUUACUUUUGGUGUUUGUUUUUUUAGAAACCUGCAAUAAAAAAAUGAGUUUCACAAUAUUUAAAGACUAAAAAAGUUUUAAAGUUUGGAUAUUUUGGAUUAGUUAUUUGCGAUAAACACAAAAAGAGAAAACGUUGCUUGAGCUCAGUUCCCUGUGAUUUUUUUUUUCUAUUUUUUUAAUUAUUUUUAAGGGGUUGACCUAUUUCCAUAGACAUGAAUAAUCCAAACCGUGCAGCAUCACUGUGGCGUAUCACAGCUUGAAGGGGCGUUUCCUUCCAAAAGCUCCACCUCCAACUGCUCCUCUUCAAAGUAUCUCAAAAGUUGAGUGAAGAAAUACUUGGCAACGAAGAUCGAGUGAGAUCCUGAGCUGAUAAGAUAUCUGAGCGCUUCAGUAAAAGAAGAAAAGCUGAUUGGUCCUCCUCCAACAUGCUCCGCCUCCUGCUGACUCUGUGUGCUCUUUUCACACUCACAGGUUCAGUGUCCAUCUCCCUACAGCAACAAGUCAGCAUUUCUAGGUGUCCCAUCACAUACUACACGAAAAAGUAUGAAAAUGUUUAUGUGGACUCCAAUGAUAACAGGAUCAGAAUUUGCUUUAGAGGCCCUGCAGACAGCACCGAUUGCAUCAAAGGGCCUGUGAUCGACGCCAACAGUCCAAUCCAGUUCAAUACGUACCAAGACGGCUCCUUGAAUGACAAGAUCCGCAAAGAGCUGGGACACCUCACAAAUGCUUUGAAAUGCUAUUCAUACUUUUCAUUCUUAAGUGACAAAAGGCUGACUACCCUGAAAAUAUACCAGUUUGGUAUUGAGACUGCUCUUGGAUUAGAUUACUCUGAUUAUCAGCAACCUAAUACACCAUCGACGGAACAUCCUCGGUACACUAGCACUUUGGUCAACGGAAAAGAAGUCCAGACUCUGACCGCUGUCAUACCAGCGCGUGAAUAUUACGUAGACAUCACUGGUUGCAGACCCUCAGGUUUUGGCAUGGCACGUGACACCACCAAGUCUGUUCCUGAGAUUUGCACCACAUACUCGUGCAGCUUGGCUGCAGUCGGAUCAAGUACCACCUGCGGUGACGGUGAAUACUGUGACGGCAAAGGAAGCUGCCGGCAAAUGGAGAUGUGCACAGUGACCGGUCCCACUGUCAUUGACUUCAAGGAAAAAAUCAACUCUGUGUCCGACCGGUGUGAGUACUCUCUGCUGCACGAUCAGUCUACUGGAUUCUCUCUGAAGGCCAACUUCCUGGACCGUCGUCGCAGAGAUGUGAGCUUUGUGGACAGUCUCACUCUGGACUUCAGUGACAGUGAUGACAUUCAGCUGCUGCAAGGACACAGAGUCACGGUAGCAGGAUCACCUGUGACCCUCACCAGUUCAGUCCAGACGUCUGGUGGAGUUGAUCUCUCCAAGGACCAGACUGGAGUCACAGCAAGCUUUUCACUCCAAAGCUCAUCUGUGUCUGUGUUCUAUGAUGGAACCACAGUUCAGAUCUUCAUAGAUGUCCUUGCAGGUAAAUCUUAUACGGGUCUGUGUGCAGACUCCAGCACUUCAUCAUCUUCAAGACUCUCCAGUGACGCCAGCUGUCUGAAUCAAUAUGAAGACAAAGUCGAUGACAAAGUCAACUGCACCACCAUGACUCAACAGUGUAACAUCCUGAAAUCUGCACCGUUCUCCUCCUGUAACUCUAAAGUUGACCCUCAACCAUACAUAACGGCCUGCACUGAAACUAUGUGCACAUACCCUGAUGUGGACGGUCUCAGGUGUCAGUUCCUGGAGUCCUACGCCAAAGUCUGCGAGAAGAAAGAAGUCAACCUGCAGAACUGGGAGACAGGAGCUCAAUGCUCCGAUUCUACACUCAUGUGUCAGAACACAAUCUGCAGCGAUCAUGAGUUUUGUGGAGAAAUAUUCGGCACCGCUGGAUGUCGCUGUAGAGCAAUUUUUGCCGCUCCAUACAUAAAUUCAAGCAGUUUUGGAGGCCCAACUGUCUGCGAUCACAACUCAGCCUCACUGACUUUGGUGAACUGUCUCUUGGACCAAAAAGGCAUCAACUCCUCUAGCUUAACUCUUCUGGAUAAAACCUGCAAGGGUCAAGUGAAUGACAAGACUCACACGUUGACCUUUAACUUCACCAGUGAUAGUUGUGGGACAAUAGUGAAUACCAACAACAGCCAAGUCAUCUUUACAAAUGCUGUUACUUUGCAAGAUGAGAUCACUCGAAAGGACCAUGCUUACAUUGAGUUCUCUUGCAUCUACAAAAAGCCAGAAGUGAACCAUGUGGCCUUCAGGAUCCAAGACAGCCCAGUGGUUCAGAGUGUAACAUCUGGAAAAUGGAAUCACACUGUGACAAUGGUAGCCUUUGCUGAUGCCUCUCGCACUCAAAUGGUGGACACAAACUAUCAAGUCCAACUUAAUCAGAAGAUCUGGGUUGAGCUGAAGAGCAGCGGUCUGGAUGAGAACUUGAUCUCUACAGUAACGGAUUCUUGCUGGGCAACAAAUCAGCAGUCAUCUGACAGCACUCAGAAAUACUUUCUGAUCCAGGAUGGCUGUGCAAAUUUGGCUGACCAGACUGUCCAAGUGGAAAGAAAUGGAGAUGGAAUUCUGAACUACUUCUCCUUCAACAUGUUCAAGUUUACUGAUGAGUCUCGAGAUCUCUAUCUUCACUGCAAACUGCAGCUGUGUCUCAAGCAGGAGGGCAACUGCAUCCCGCAAUGUUCUUCUCAAGGCAAAAGAAGACGCAGAUCAGCCAAAUACAAUCAAGAAGAGGCAGCCUUCCUGAGCAUGGGUUGGAGUGCUUAAACCUCUUCGAGAUUAUUCAAUAUUUUCCUGUCAAGUGAUGAUUAUUUUUCUUUCAUUUUAAACAUUAAUGCAUAACAAAAUACUGUAAACAAUAAUAGGGAAACAGAAAUAGAAAGAAUAAGUUAACAUCUUAUCUUUUAAAUGUUGUUUCUAUGGUUAUAUGAAUUUAUGCACAAGCCAAAAACCUGGAUUCUGAGCCCUGAAUUGGGCUUGGUCCUGUCCUGAACCAGAACCCAAAGGUGUUGUAAGAGCAUCUUUUCUCUGAUCUUCAUCUGUUUAAUCAUAUUUCUCAGCUCCUAAUGAAUUUCUCACAUAUAAUGAAAUUCGUGUCUCUCGAAUUUUCUUUACUUUAAGUAAUAAAAUGGUACAGUAAAAGGUUAAGGGUCACAUAUAUUACAUAUCUAAUUUGAAUUACUUCUGUUCUGUAAAUCAUUAAAAGAUUAUUCACUUGCUGUUUUUCCUUUUUGUGUUUUUCUUAGUGUGUAUGACUAUUUACUUGAGAAACCAUUGCAUAAAUGAAGAAU